AUAUAAUGCCCAUCUCCUUCCCAACUAUACACACCAAAAUUUCUUUGAUUGUUUUGAUUUCUGAGUAGACAAAAAAAUAAUGGCUGCUUGUGUGAAAUCCCUCCUCCCACUGCUCCUACUUGUUGGCAUGCUCGGCCUUCUGACAGUCUCUGCUUCGGCUGAAGCUGUGAAGGUAACUUUUAUAACCGAGCAACAUCUGAACUUCACCGGAGAGCUGUUCAUUAGGGGAAACAGUCCCUCACUGGCAAAUUCUGUGGCCGCGACACAAACGCCUGGUGACAUUUGGGUUUCUACUGUGACAUUAACCAAAGGAAAACCAUACCAGUACAAUUUGAAGGUGCUGCCUCGAGGGUACAUCUUUGAAUGCACCUGUAACCUCUUCAACAAAACGGAACCGACCUUGCAAACGGAGUUGACCGUGCCUGAAGAUUAUCCGUUGUCUAUCUAUCCGGAAAUAGUGACCCGCUACGACUGUAACUUUGCGCUGUGCCCUCGCUCUAGCGACGGGAAGACGGUGCAGUCUAUUCGCCAGGUUGUUGUAUGACAAUCUCUUUCGGAGUAAGACGGAGAUGAUGUCCCUCCACACAUGGGCAUCGUAACAGUGCUGAUAGAAUAACGGCUAGCUUUCUUAAAGCGGCCCUGUAUUAUCUAUAUCUAUAUAUAAUAUGUUAUUUGCUUUGAUAA